ACGGCCACCACUGCCAUGCCGGCCACCAACCAGGGAUGGCCGGAGGACUUUGGCUUCCGGCUGGGGGGCUCGGGUCCCUGCUUUGUCCUGGAUGUGGUGGAAGGGAGCAGCGCACACGCCGGGGGUCUGCGGCCCGGGGACCAGAUCCUGGAGGUGGAGGGGCUGGCCGUGGGCGGCCUGAACCGCGAGCGCCUAGUGCGCCUGGCCCGGCGCUGCCCUCGCGUGCCACCCAGCCUGGGCGUGCUCCCUGGCCCCAUCGGCCGCCCCAGUGCGGGAUCCGGCUGCGAGCCGCUGACCACAGCUUUACGGAUCCCGCGUUCAAGCCGCGGCCUCUAUCUGGGCCGCGAGUUGCUACGCUUGGCAGGCCGCAAGCGCCCCGAUGCCGUGCACCGAGAGCGUAGGCGCAAAGCCCAGGAGUUCAGCCGCAAGGUGGACGAGACCUUGGGGGACCAGCCGACCGCAAAGGAGCAGGUGUUUGCUGCUCUGAAGCAGUUUGCAGCGGAGCAACGGGUGGACGAGCUGGUGUGGGCGCUCACCCUGGCGCUGCCCCCUGAGGCCCGCGGGCCCCUCCUGGAGAACCUCAGGAUCUUCAUCCCCAAGAAGCACCGGGCGCGCUUCGACGAGGUGGUGUCUCAGGGUCUGCUGGGCAAGCUGUGCCGCGCGCGGCGGACGCAGGGCGCGCAGCGGCUGCGCCGGAGCCGCAGCGAGGAGCGGCCCGAGCGCCUCCUGGUGUCCACGCGCGCCAGCGCCGCCCCUCGCCGCCCGGACGAGCCGCCCCCGCGCAAGGCCGCCUCUCUGCUGGGCGGCCGCGCGGGCCCCGGGGGCGCGCGCAGGACAGUCCGAGUCUACAAGGGCAACAAGAGCUUCGGCUUCACUCUACGUGGCCAUGGACCUGUCUGGAUCGAGUCUGUCCUGCCUGGGAGCCCGGCUGACAAUGCCUCCCUCAAGUCAGGUGACCGGAUCCUCUUCCUCAAUGGACUGGACAUGAGGAACUGCUCCCACGACAAGGUGGUGUCCAUGCUCCAGGGCAGCGGCGCCAUGCCCACGCUGGUGGUGGAGGAGGGGCUCGUCCCAUUCGCCAGCGAUUCCGACUCGAUGGAUUCCCCCAACCCGUCGUCGGCGCUCACCUCCCUGCAGUGGGUGGCAGAGAUCCUUCCGUCCAGCAUCCGAGUGCAGGGGAGGACCUUCAGCCAGCAGCUGGAGCACCUGCUCACACCCCCUGAGCGCUAUGGGGUCUGCCGGGCCCUUGAGAGCUUCUUCCAGCACAGGAACAUCGACACCCUCAUCGUCGAUGUCUACCCGGUGCUCGACACUCCGGCCAAGCAGGUCCUCUGGCAGUUCAUCUACCAGCUGCUAACCUACGAGGAGCAGGAACUCUGCCAGGAGAAGAUAGCCUGCUUCCUGGGCUACACGGCCAUGACCGCAGAGCCCGAGCCCGAGCCGGAGCCAGAGCUGGAGCCUGAGCCGGCACCCGAGCCCCAGACGCGGAGCUCCCUGAGGGCCUCCUCCAUGUGCCGCCGCAGCCUCCGCUCCCAGGGCCUGGAGGCUGGCCUUGGCUGUGGUCCUAGCGACUGUCCGGAGAUGCCUCUUCCUCCCAUCCCAGGCGAGCGCCAGGCGGGUGACGGCACAUCCCUCCCCGAGACACCCAACCCCAAGAUGAUGUCAGCUGUCUAUGCGGAGCUCGAGUCCCGCCUGAGCAGCAGCUUCAAAGGGAAGAUGGGGACCAGCUCCCGAGCCCGUGCCUCCCCGCCACUGCCCAGCGCAGCAGGCCCAGCAGGGCCCAGGACCCGGUCCAGCAUCUCAUGGCCCAGUGAGCAGCUCCUGCCCUCCCCCUGCUACUACCCGCUGUGCUCAGAGGGCCUGGCCUCCCCCAGCAGCUCUGAGUCCCACCCCUACGCCAGCCUGGACAGCAGCCGGGCACCUUCCCCUCAGCCGGGCCCCGGGCCUGUCUGCGCUGAGAGCCCCCCCAGCCCGGACCCCAGCCGCCGCCCCUCCAGCCGCCGGAAGCUCUUCGCCUUCUCCCGCCCUGUGCGAAGCCGGGACACUGACCGCUUCCUGGAUGCACUGAGUGAGCAGCUGGGCCCCCGGGUCACCAUCGUGGAGGAUUUCCUGAGCCCUGAGAAUGACUACGAGGAGAUGAGCUUCCACGACGACCAGGGCAGCUUCAUCACCAAUGAGAGGAGCAGCGCCAGCGAGUGCAUCAGCAGCAGCGAGGAAGGCAGCUCCCUGACCUACUCCUCCCUCUCCGACCACAUCCCCCCACCCCCCCUUAGUCCCCCACCCCCACCGCCCCUGCCCUUCCACGACCCCAAGCCCAGCAGCUCCCGCACCCCAGAUGGGCCCCGGGGCCCCACUCCAGCGCUGCCCAAGCCCCUCGCCCAGCUUGGCCACCCGGUCCCCCCACCACCCCCGCCGCCCCUGCCCCCACCUGUCCCCUGUGCACCCCCCAUGCUGCCACGGGGCCUGGGCCACCGCCGCAGUGAGACCAGCCACAUGAGUGUCAAGCGCCUGCGGUGGGAGCAGGUGGAGAACUCAGAAGGCACCAUCUGGGGACAGCUCGGGGAGGACUCUGACUACGAUAAGCUGAGCGACAUGGUGAAAUACCUCGACCUGGAGCUUCACUUUGGCACCCAGAAAGCUGCCAAGCCGGUGCCGGGGCCUGAGCCCUUCAGGAAGAAGGAGGUGGUGGAGAUCCUGUCCCACAAGAAGGCCUACAACACCUCCAUCCUGCUGGCGCACCUGAAGCUGAGCCCGGCGGAGCUGCGGCAAGUGCUCAUGAGCAUGGAGCCCCGGCGCCUGGAGCCCGCGCACCUUGCGCAGCUGCUGCUCUUCGCGCCCGACGCCGACGAGGAGCAGCGCUACCAGGCCUACCGCGAGGCGCCCGGCCGCCUCAGCGAGCCCGACCAGUUCGUCCUGCAGAUGCUGUCGGUUCCCGAAUAUAAGACCCGCCUGCGCAGCCUCCACUUCCAGGCCACCCUCCAGGAGAAGACAGAGGAGAUCCGGGGCAGCCUGGAGUGCUUGCGCCAGGCCUCCCUCGAGCUCAAGAACAGCCGGAAGCUUGCUAAGAUCCUGGAGUUUGUGUUGGCCAUGGGCAACUAUCUCAACGAUGGACAGCCUCAAACCAACAAGACCACGGGCUUCAAGAUCAACUUCCUGACAGAGCUGAACUCCACCAAGACGGUGGACGGGAAGUCCACCUUCCUGCACAUCCUCGCCAAAUCGCUGAGCCAGCACUUCCCUGAACUCCUGGGCUUUGCUCAGGACCUGCCCACCGUGCCCCUGGCUGCCAAAGUGAACCAACGGGUCCUGACCAACGACUUGGCUGACCUCCAUGGCACCAUCAGUGAGAUCCAGGCCGCGUGCCAGAGCAUGUCCCCCUCCAGCGAGGACAAGUUUGCCGUGGUCAUGGCGUCUUUCCUGGAGACGGCCCAGCCAUUGCUGCGGGCGCUGGACGGGCUGCAGCGAGAGGCCAUGGAGGAGCUGGGCAAAGCGCUGGCCUUCUUCGGGGAAGAUUCCAAAGCCACCACCUCCGAGGCUUUCUUUGGCAUCUUCGCGGAGUUCAUGAGCAAGUUCGAGCGAGCGCUUGGCGACCUGCAGGCAGCCGAGGGCCCGCGCAGCUCGGGGAUGGUUUCGCCCCUGGCCUGGUGACGGCGGCGGCCCGCGCGCGGAGACGGACGCCCGAGGCUGCGCCCGAGAGGGUCGCGCGGACGCCGCCCCGCGUGGCCCCGAGCGGUCCGGGUGCGGAGUGGGGCCCAGCCACCCGCGCGUCUCCAGCUACCUCAGCCGUCCAGCUCCAGCCGCCCGCGAAGGUGCGGGGACCCCUUCUCAGGGCCGAGCCGGGGCGCCAAGAGUUGAGGGCGCGGGGCCGGAGCUUGCGCGCCGACUCCCCGGUACGGGUGAAUCACCCGCCGACUUCCCGUGCUUCCUUGUUCCCCUCACCCCCGUCCUGCCCGUCCCCGCCCCGCUCUCGGCCCUCAGGACAUCGGGGUCCGGGGAGGUGGGGACACCGAGGGCGGUGUCCGCGCACUAGGGCAGCCACUUGGCCUGACGGUGCCCGGCCCCAAGCACGGACGUCUGAACCUUUCCUGAGCCUGCUCGGAUCGCGCCCAGGAGACUUUCUCACGGAGCACAGAGCCCGCAGACCUCGGACUUUGGAGGCGGAGGCAGAUGCCCUUGAACAAGCCACACCUGGGGCUGCUUGGAAGAAGGCUGGUGCCGGCUGGAAGGGGAACCCCAAGUGCAUCCCUGGGGCGGGGGCGGGGUGGGGGAGGGGAGUGAGCGCCUAGGAUCCGCCUCGGAAGCCGAAAGAGGCUUGAGUCCACUGUAGCCCAGAACCGAGGCAGGCAUGCUGGAGAGCAGCUGGGCAGAGAUACAGGCAAGGAUUCAGAAGAUCCUUUAUGGUAGAUUGCAGAAUUGAGGUAUUAUCCCACCGAGAAACUGAAAUCCAGUUUAGAAGUGGUCACUUGGAAGUGGGGAGACUGGGAGCAGGAUGGGGACGUUAAGUAGGGGCUGAGAGAACAGAAAGGUGUUUAGGUGAUGGAUAAACAGGACUUGGUGGCCGGUUGCCAGGCUUCUCUCCUGCGUGGGUGGUGGUGAUGUUCCCUAGAACAGGCCGCGUUCAGGCAGUAACCCCAUCUGGGACAGCUCUGGGGUCCCAGAGUCUGUUUCACACGUGUAUCUUGGGAUGCAGGGGGGAGUUACCUGGAUGCCGGGAGCAGGGCAGAUGCUGGGGGCACCGUUUUCCUUUCUUGGUUCCAUCCUUUCCAUUCUCCGGUUGACAAGCCCUGGGUUGGCAGCUUCCAGCUACCUCUUGCCCCGACUUUCUUCCAGAGAAGCCUGGAAUAGGCUUUGGAGCCCACCCUUUAGGCUGUUCUUUCUCCCACCGUGACUGAGUAGCUGGUGUUGCCCCUGGACAGCGUUGGGGACUCAUUCAGUUUUUCCCAGUCUCCCACCAGCCCCGUCUUUGAGACCACGUAUGUUCUUUCUUCAUUUCCCACUCACAGCCACUGUAUAGAAAUGUCUAAACCAAGCUGUGUGAUUCAGGUGGGGGAUAUGCACCCAGAGGUGGCUCGUGGAGGGCAUUUCUCCCCAGCAGCUCAAGCUGGAUAAGUUUCGUAAGUUCCCAAAGCCUUUGUCUAUGAGAAACGUGUCGGAAGGUCCACUAAAAUCCAUGUGUGAGGUCUGUAGAACUAGAGAUUGCACCGGCUAUGAACAAACAUGACCCUCCAGGUCCGGUAUGGCAUUUUUCCUGCAAACUACAAACCUCUCCAGGUAUAUCCAGCCCCAUGCCAGGGGACCCAGGUUGACAAGCCAAUCUCUAGCUGGGUUUUCUCCCCACAAUGCUUUGUGUGUGCAUGCUCAGUUGCUCAGUCGUGUCUGACUCUUUGCCCAUAGACUGUAGCCCACCAGGCUCCUCUGUCCAUGGAAUUUUCCAGGCAAAAAUAUGGGAGUGGGUUGCCAUUCCCUUCUCCAGGGGAUCUUCCUGACCCAGGGAUCGAACCUAGAUCUCCUGCAUUGCAGGUGGAUUCUUUACCGUCUGAGCCACCAGAGAAGCCUAUAAUGCCUUGUAGCUGUUACUUAUUUCCCACACAAUGCUGUGUAACAAGCUGUCCCAAAACUCAGUGACUUAAAACAGCAGCCGCUACCACUCUUGAGUCCAUGGGUCACCUGGGCAGUUCUAAUCUGAGCUGGGCUCAGUGGACUUACUCAUGUGUCUGCAGUCAUCUGUGGAAUCUGGGUCAGUGGUCAGCUUUGCUAGUCACACAGGGCUCUUUCCACGUCCGGGGCCUUGGCUGGGACCAUUGAGAUGGCUUCGUGUGGUCCCUUAUCCUCCAGCAAAAUAGCCAGGACAGUUCACACGGUAAAGGCAAGGGUCCAGGAGAACAAGCAAAGGCAGAGAAAAGCCCUGAAAGCCUAACCUCAGAACUGUCACACCAUCCCUUCUGCCACUUUCUAUUGUCAAAGCAAGUGAUGAGCCUAGCCCAGAUUCUAGGGGAGGGGAAAUAGACCCCCCUUUUGAUGAGAGGGGGUGGGUGGGUGAAAGUUGCUCAGUCGUGUCCUACUCUUUGUGACCCCAUGGACUGUAUAAUCCAUGGAAUUCUCCAGGCCAGAAUACUGCAGUGGGUAGCCUUUCCCAUCUCCAGGGGAUCUCCCCAACCCAGGGAUCGAACCCAGGUCUCCCACACUGUGGGCGGAUCUUUACCAACUGAGCCACCAGGGAAGCCCCUCUUGAUGAGAGAUGCUGCAAAACCACAAGGCAGAGGGUGUGGGCUCAGGGUCAGGUGGUCAGAGGCACUUUCGCCAUCAGUCUGCUGUGUCCAUCCACAGCCAGGCGUCCUGGAGAACCUCCCAGCCUCCUUGCGAUCCUCAGAGGGCCCUGUCCUCCCUGGACCCAGCAGAGCUCUGCUCACCCUCCUUGUGUGUCCUCCAAGCACCAUGCUUUUCCUUCUGUCUCACCUAGUCACCCUCGAAUCACUGGACCCCUCUCCAGAUGCUCUCAGUCUGGGGGCAAUGGCGAUCUGUGCCUGCCUAGCAGCCAGUGUCCCUUCUGCUGGGGGAAGCUCCCUAUUUCUCUUUUGGGAAAUUAUCCCUCCUCUGCCUCCAGGCCUUGGAAUAUUGCUGAGUGGAUAAGACUGGUUUGUGGGACUCUGGCCAGGCGGCUGAGAGUCAAUUCAAGACUCAAGUUAGAAGUAUUUGGAAAGGAAGCCCCUUUCUUCUGGAUGUAUCAUUGGGUGUAUAGAGGGUGCGAUCCUGGAAGGAGCUGCCAGGACCACCACGUGGAAGGCACCUGCCUGGGUGUAAACCAGUACAGAAGAAAAGGAGAGAAGACCACUCCGGCCUUCUCCUUGCCCCUGAAUCCAACUGUGCCUGAAGCAGACAUCCUGACUUUUCAGUUUCCAAGCUGACAAAUUGGCCCCCUCCCACCUUUUGUAAAUUUUAAAAAAUUUCUUUUAGUUUUUUGGCUUAGGCUGGUUUUCAAUGGGUUUCUGUCACUUGCAACACAAAGAGGGUGAACCAAUCAACAGAUGGUUACAGAUGUUCAGUGUUUUAACCUCAGUGCGUUCUCUUCAUUCACAAAUGCAUUCACCAAUACGGUCUGACUGCCUCCCACAUGCCGGCGCGAUGCUGCGUGCAGAUGUCCGCCUCUCUGGUUUCCCAGGGUCAUAUUUCACGGCGAUUCUUCACCUGAGUCAGCAUGAAGCCCUAUAUAUGUGCCAUACCCCACUCCCUGCCCCCAUUCCUCACCAAAUGACGAAGUGUAACAAGCAGGAAUGGAUUUCCCUCUCAAUAAUACUACAGAAUAGCGUGGCCCAAUCACACACCACCUUCUCUAAUAACAUCUGUUAACGGUUACUAGGUAGCGUGCUCCAUGGUUCUACAUAUAUCACUUUACGUUCCCAGUGACCCUCUGAGGUGGGUUUUGUUACCUUCUUUUUACAAAUAAAACCUCUGAAACUUA